AAUCUCCAUUCCCCUUCCUGCUUCCUACGCCACUGGCUGAACUACAAUAUUUUCAUGCCAAUUUACUAAUUUUUUAGAGGAUUACAUAUAUAAUGUAAUGUCAGUACUUGGAUAAAAUAAAAAUAAAUUCGUUAAAUAGCCGUAACUUGCACAGUAUGAAAAAAACUUGUUUUUUGUCUUUGCUGGUCAUAUAACUCAUAUUAGGUCACGUUAUGAAGUAUCUCCGUAUGUUGCGGGCUCGUUUAGAAUAAAGACCAGAGGCAGUGAACGAAAACAAUGUAUGGUGAUUUUAUUUACUGUAACCAGUGAUAUGAAAACACGAUAAAAUAGCAAUCAAGUCGAAAUGAAUAAGAAAGUGAUUAGACGAACACCAAUAAUAGCGUUUUACUUCUUCAUAUACCUUUUAACUGGAGCAAAGGAAUCGUUGUAAGAGCUUGCAAGUGUCGGUUUAAUGUUCUGGAGUUACAUGCAGAAAUGGCUUCAUCCGCCGAAGACCUCGACAGUUGCACUGUAAAGCCUGAUGCAAGUCAGAUCUAUUUGCUGACUGGUAAGAACUACAGAAUAUCAAGAAGUAUAAAGGUUUCCUGGUUUCUGGAUAACUUUAAUAAAGUUAUUACUGCAAAUUCUGAUGAUGUUAUUAAAUCAUCCAGUGAGGAGCUUAAAGUGUUAUCAGUCCUUUCAAAACCGACUUCAGAACAUUCUGAGACAUGUGUUGUUGUUCCAUCAACACUCAUUACAUUUCUUGCACGUAUUUAUAAGUUUGUUUUUUGUUUGGAUGCGAGCCAGUCAUUGGCAAGUGUGGAUAUUCUGUCAGGGAAAAUUGUGAAUGAAUUAUCAUUUGAAAGUUUUCAAAAUUGCAUGCGUGGACUUGUUUUACCGUUUACAGUUCCAGGUUGUAGUGCGCUAUUGCCCCUAGAACUUCAUGUCACUGUCUUGGGAUACAAUGGCAUUCUGGAUUGUGGCACUGUUCAGGUCUUGGUUGAAGGAUGUUUAGUGACCCAAGACAAUGUUGAAUCAUUUUUGUCAUCUGUAUAUGAACAACUGCAACAAAUGGAAAACAAGAAUGCCAGUGUGUUGCAGGCCAUCAAUAACAAGAAGUCUGAUGGUAAACAGACACAUUAUCAUGUGACAUCAGAACUAUCAAUUGUUUCAAUGUUAAGAAUGUCCAUUUUGGCUUUAGAACUUCUUCCUAGUACUGCUAGUGGAGGUAUUGUUGUCAUCAGUGAUGGAGUUUUUGGACUGCCAAAUGCUGCUGUAGUUCAUAAAUUGCUUGCUGAAUUAAGGUGUUAUACAGUGUGCUGUUCAUUUGUUAAAGUUGGCAGUCCUUCUCAAGCGCAUUGCAGCUUUGGUUACAUUCCUAACAUUGACCUUAUGAAGUUUCUUGCCAAUGCUACGUCAGGAGCAUUCUUUUCUAACGCACCACCUGUUAAUGAGCUAGAAUGUGGAAGUGAAAGUGGAGUCAAUAAUGAUGUUCCUCAAAUGAAUUUUUACCAUAAAUCUUUCUUAUGUUGGAGUUUUCAAUGGGAAUAUGAUUUAAGCAAAAUCAAUUCAUGGGAAGAUGAGCAACGUUUAACAGCUGAUGUGCCUGAUGAAAGGUGUAAAAUCCUGUCUUCACAUCAGUGGGACAAAGCACUGACUGAACAACUUAUAAGAAAGGAACUUUCAGGAAAAACGUUGAGAACAGCCAUAUCAAAUGUGCUAUCAAUACGUCUUCGUGAGGGAUAUUGUGUCAAAGAUAUCGCAUUCGUCGAAGGAGGAAAAGAGUUAGUUGUGAAGCUGUUGUUGUUAGUGAAACAAAAUGCUUAUAUUGAAUACACAGCUACUGCUAGCUGGCCGGUACCAUUAUCAAAUGCCCAAACAAAGAUCAAAAUUGACGUCCUAGGAACGUAUGGAUUUCUUUGCGAUGUUUUCCCGAAGCAAAUUUAUUCUAUGAAACCUUACACUGUAAGGUUAAGUUACAGGGCUAAUGUUGUGGAAACCUUUAAAGGCACUUUAAAAAAUCUAGAGAUGACGGAUGAGCUCCUAGUUAAGUUACAGUCUUUUUCAUCUACUCCGCUGUACUACUCCACACCAGAGUGUGUUAGAAGAGGAGUACCGUUGUUUUAUUUUCCACCGAAUUCGUCUCAACCGGAAUUGGUCGUGGAGCAAGGAAAGUCUAAAUCCUCGAAAUCACAAGAAGCUCAAUUCGCUGCAUUUUGGAAAACUAUUUUGACGUUGGACGUCAGCAUAUGGCAACGUUGGAUGCACUGUCAUCGAAUUAACAUGGUUCUGGAACACGACAGACCUCUUCCAAAGUCGUUAUUUUUGCCAUCUCCAAAUGAUCGUUUUUACCAUAUUCAAUGUCGUAACUCCAUCAGUUCACUCGCCGCGUUCUUAAAACAAUGGAGCUCUUUUGUUCUUUCUGAAAGUCAUAGUUACAUUAAGUUUGUUCUGAGUGGUAAUGCUGACGAUCCACCAAGAUCCUUCUGUAUUGUACAUAUAUCCCCUAAAGCUUCCUGUGUUGUUAUAAGAAUUGCAUUUCUUGGCGGGACACCUGGCGAGAAGAGACACGAGAUUGUAAAUUCUUUACGAGAUGAUCUCAAGAAAAUCAAAGCACAGUUUGCUCCGUCUGGAAAAUCAGCUAAAAGUUCUCAUAUGGAAAAUGAAUUGGAAAAAGACGGAGAGAUUCAAGAACAACUUGUUUGUACCAAACUUCUUCAUAAACCUUUGGAUAGAAUUCUUGUCAGAUAUGACGAACAACCAAAGGAAUUUCUUGUGAGAUCCUCUCAUUUCCAGCAAUCAUCGGGAAUCAUUGAAACAUACGAACCAUGGAUGAUGAUGCAUCGGGCGAAAAGAGCGCCAGAAUCUCCACUCAAAGUUCUCUCCCGCUUUCUUUAUCAUCAUCGUUGGGUGUUUACAUUACAUCCAACGCCUACAGAUACAGCAAACACGGUUUCCAAGAUACUAAGAUAUCUUACAAAAAAACGUGAGGAUCAAGGAUACAGAUUUGUAGCCAGUAAUCUUGGAGUAACAACAAUGUUUAAAGAAUUUUGGGUCAAGGAAUCCUCCGAACACAAUAAUCAACAGACAACAUGUAUUGUGCAGUUUGUCAUGUUUCCUCCGUUAACGUCAUCUGGUCAUAACCGUGUAGCAGGCUGGGCACUAGACAAUGGUUUACCGGAGGAUGAACGUGAGUUGGAGUUAGUGUUGGAGAUCUGGGUCGAGCCUCAACAUGGAGUAAUCGCGGAAAACGAGAAUCCUGAGUACUUAGUCGGAACGCAAUAUUUUGAAAUUCCUGCCAAGAUCUUUGAAGCUGACCUAGAGGCCAUCUCAACAUGGUUGACGUUUGACCAUAUUUGUCGUAUGUGUGAUGAUCGGGUUGUCAAUUCACCACAACAAGCAGUUGUUCAUGUAAAAUCACCACCAAAUGAUCCCGACAGAAAAUCUUUAAUUUAUGAAGUUCCUUUUCCUUUUGAUGUAAUGAAAGUCCUGGGUUAUUCGAGACAGGCUGAACUUUGGUUUGCUACACUCAUUGAGCAUGAGCGAGUUUCAUCAAGAUCCACAAACCGUCGCUCCAAUGAUAUUCUGUUUAGUUACAUCUUAGAACAUAUGGAACGACUCAACGACAGAGAGCUUACACUCACCUCGGAAGAUUCACAGAUAUUCCUGGAUUUCUGUCUUCAACGUGUCGGUCUUGGAAAAUCUAAACAGGAUGGAAGCGUAACAUGGCGAUGUUUUACCAGAAUGGAAAACAAUCAUUUAUUGUUGACUUUUGUUCCCUCUUCAUUUCAAUCUUUACAAGCUUUUGCAAGGAUAGUAAAAGAACUUGAAUCAUAUGAUGAACAAUCUACUGAGUCUACCGCGAGUGUUAUGCACCGAAAGAGACAGGCGUCAGCUUUCAACAUGGAACUCGAUUCAACGGAUCAACAAGAAAAACCUGAUGACGACAAUAGUAAAACCGUUGGAAAGUUCUGGCGAAAUAGGCGCUCGAGUCAACGCAGAUGUGUUGACUUAUCUGUGUUUGUUUAUGAUUUUUCUUUAUCGUCUCUUACUGAAAUUGAUACCGGAACAUCAUUGAAGGACAUCUUAUUGGAUUAUAGAAACAGACUUGAACGGUUCGAACAAAAUGCUAGUUUGGAGAAAUCAAAAGAACUUCGUUUUCAUUGCAUUGCUAUUUACGAACUGUUCUUAUAUUGUUUUGUUUCCACGGUAUUCGAGAGCUUGCAACGAGGGGAGAAUGUUGAUGAUGAUAAUGUAGACGAAAUCCUAGCAAUUUGUUCGGAUCAUAUUCCAGAAGAAAUUGAUCUUUUUGGAUUUCUUGGAAACAUAUGUGGUCAUAUAAAACAUCCCACAAACACUGGCUCAGUAUGCUCCUCUGAAGAAUCUCUACAAGACUGGAAAUGCACUCAUGAAGAAAAUGCUAUCAACUUUCUCCGAAGCAACUGUGAUGUCACAUCUACAAAGGAAUUCUGGCCCAGAUGCGAGGAGUUGUAUGGUUUACAUGAUUAUAUUCAACAAAGAUUUCAUUUAGUACUUCAGAAAUAUUUCUCUCCAAUUCCAAACAGAAAGGAUCAUUAUUUUUACCUACCAAUUUCCCGACAGGAUCCAUACCAGUCGGAUAAGGGUGAAAGUGAUGAAGAAUCGAUUGAAACCAGCAGUGAUAAUGGCUCGGAUGUUGUGUUUGAAAGAGACGACUCGGUUCUCAUAAGUAUGGAUGCAUCGGAAAGUGAAAAUGCAAAAAGCGCUGCUGAUACAAACACAAUGGAUGAUAUUACCGAGGGAAGUGUGAACACUUGGGAUGAUCUCGCUAGUGACGAAGAGGAUCUAUCGGAUUAUCCGUCGAAUAGAUCUGACAUACAGAGCUCAACCAAGGAAGACAACAUCAUGGAACAGUCGGAGGAAGAACAUAAUGUUCCAUUGUUUUUAAAUCUGAAUUGUACCAUACGUGAUAGAAGUCAUUUGUCAAGCACCAUGGUCAGUAUGCCUGCGGAGUAUUUGCCUGUUUGUUUUGCGGAUAUUUUGGACCAAGCUAAUCGCGAUCCGGAUCAAAUCGUGGAUCCUUCUAUCUCAUCAUUACAAGUUACUCUCGAUCUAAUUUGUCUUGUUCCCCCAAGGGAACCAGAUUAUUCUCGUUGGAAAUCUCGGAGUCGUUACAAGACUCGGUCUAGUUCAGUGUCGUCUGUAAGUUCUGACUCACCACAGGAGAGAAUUGUAAGAUUUGAAAAUGUGGAUGGAGCUGUAAAGUCUAUUUCUGUGACUGCAUCUCAUGAUAGAGAAAGCAGUCUACUUGUAUCAGGACUUCCUCUAACUCAAAUAGAAAGUAUCUGCGCCAUCAGAGAUGACAUCAACUGGCUACUGCAUGAUGAAAUCGUCUUUUCGUUGUGUCAUGUUCCCGAUGUAUCACUAUCAAUUCUCCACAGCGUCACAGAACAUAUUAUUCAAUCACACGACGAAAACAAACCGUCCAGUCGUUGCACUUCGAUGCAACUAGAUUUUGUGUUGGAUCAAAGCAAAGGUUUAGCUAUUUUCAUGCAAGAACUUGAUAAAAUACGUAUAGAUCAUAAUCGAUUAUCAAAAUUAGGUGAUUAUCAUUACCUCAGACUAUCAAGUUCACCGUCAUCCACUAGUUUGGAACCAGCGGAGCAGUGCAAAACAGAGCAUGAAAAAUCUCGUAUUGAUGACGGAAAAAACUACGAGGAUGGGAUGUUUGAGAAUGGGAAAUCUCGUAUGGACGAAGAAAAGAACCUGGAGGAUGAGAUGUUUAUUGUUGCAUCACUCCUCAGCGAUGAAGGAAAUUUUCCGCAAGAGGGAAGAAUAAAUAUGUCUUCGGGUCAUCAAUUUCCUGCUGGGGACAGUUUUACAGAAGUAUGGCUUAUUCUUAGGAAGUCUGAUGAAAAUGUUCUUGAGGUUUUCUUUCACGCAAGGGACAGCUGCGAUGACAAGCAUCAUGACUUGUACGCAAUGGCAAUAAACGAAAUCAAGGAUUUAUGCCAUCUUGUUAAUCAGAAAAUGUUGCUUCGCUACAUGCAUGAUAACAAAAUGUGUCAUCCAUUAUUACAACCAAGAUCUGAAGCUGAUAUAUGGAAUGAAAGUGUGUCCUAUUCUAGUCCAGCUCGUUCAUUUUUGAGAAGGGUUGAUGGCCGUCAAUUUCUACAUCAGUAUCUUUAUGAGCCUGGACAUUUUAGAUGCCCAGCUAAAUGGACGGCAUGCCUACCAAUUCAUUUCAGGUUACGAGGAAACUCUAAUCGUAAUAAUGGCGCAGAUAGAGCGAAACAAGCAUUACAGACUGUGUUAAGUAAUCACUCGCUGAAUGAGCAUCAAUCUGAGAGAUCCAGUAUGUAUGUCUACCAAGAAAAGAAUGGUAAUAUCUUCUAUUUCAAUUUGGAUUCGUCUUUAUGUUUGAGCAAAGAAGACCAACUGGAAGGCACGAAAUAUUACAAUUAUGACGCAGAUGAAUAUAUUUCGUCACCACCUCUAUCUCCAGUCUCUUCAUUUCAGUCUUAUCCAAAGACCGCAGGAACUGCUGAUCUUGAAGAUGAUCUGGAAGAAUAUUCAAGAAAGCGAAGUGCAGGUGUAACUACUGACACGAUCAGUAUAAAUGGUUCUGCGGUUCAACCUGUUAGUGAACAUGUCGAGGAAUGUAUAAAACUCACGGUUCAUGGCGUCACAGAACCCAGUGAUGAGAUUAAGAAAGAUUUAGUUAAUGUUCUGCAAAAACGUCUUGAUGACUACACUCUAGAAAUUUUGAGCAUGUCUCUGGCAAGGAAUCCGAAAACAAAAUUGGCAUUACAAGAUGUUCAAUUUAUUCAACCAACUGGAUCUGCUCCACUUCAGUUUAUUCAAAUGGUGCUUCCUUCCUUUGCUGAAAAAAAUCUUCAUCCAUUUUCAUUUUUCUUUAAACAACAUCUUCUGAAUUACGUACACGCGCCAAAAUAUACAACACAAAAAAAGAAAGAUCAUUUCAAGAAGUACACAAGCGUGGGUGAUCCCGAAACGUUACCAGAAAGUGACGUAUUUAUCUUCACCAAGACCGGAGCACAAGGUGUAGCAUGUUUAGCUGUUAGUAUUUCUGAUUCUCAUGGGAAUACUUUACAAGUAAAUCCGCAACAAAAAGCGAUCGGCCUCUUGGAUUUAGAAACGACGUACAACAUGGAAGAACUUACGAAAGUUGUCACAGUUGAAAAUUCUAAUUCUUUGCAAGAUAAUACGAUGCUGGUUGAAAUAUCGAUUUGGGAACGUGGUGAUGUUGGUAUGGAGCAAUUAAAAGAAAGACUAAAGAAAUCAGUUCGUCAUGCAUUGUGCGAUAUUCUUGUGGAGUAUUACUUACUUACAGCUUCGUUUUCAUGCAUUCCUAACCAAUAUCUCAAGCCUUCUUCCAGAGAUGCCCGUUACAAGAAAAUAAAUGCCCCAAAAACAUUGACUGUGGUAACUACCCAUCGUCGGACUCCAUCCGCUGGUUCAAUUGGAUGUGGGCGCACGUACAGUCCAAAGCCAGAGCCACGUGCUUUUAGAUCACAAUCUUCAUCACCUGUUAGGAACGGACCAUCGUCUCCUAGCGUAUUUAAAAUUAGGACUCCAGAAAUUAUAACCACAUCUCCUAUCACAGAUCCCAUGGAGAUCCCAGGAGAUGAUUAUAAUAAAAAUAAUUCACAAGUGGGGGGAAUAAUCAAUGAUCCUGCUGACUCAAAGAAUUCUCUGACAAAUUCUUCAGAUCAGACUUGCAAACAACGCAGCCACAGCGAGGGGAAGAUAGGGAAUAUGAGAAGUGCAAACUUUAGACCCAUUUCUCGAUCAUAUUCCACCCCCACUCCACCAGUCAUCGAGAAACAAAAUACUGGCGAAGAACCAAAAAGUGGUCGUUUUUCCCCUUACGAGACUUUUACAGAGAACGAGUUAACAGAAUCCAGGGAGUUUGGAGAGGAAGCCGUGCGAGCAAACGAUCGUAACGUAUCCGGAAAAAAUCGAAAUAAGACUUCGGAAUACGACGGUGAUCCGAAGAUGAAGGAAAGAGACGCUGCUGAAGAAAGACGAAAAUAUGAAAAUGGAGAGAAGGGAAAAUUACAUCCGAGUUUUGAGGGUCCAGCUCAAGAAUUGAUGAAGUUUGCCAAAGAUCUUGAAACUCCUUCAAUACAUGUGCAAAGAGAAACGUUACAAACAAGAUAUUCUGUUGAUGCUAUACUCUAUGAAUUGAUGAGCCUGGUAAAGAAUCUCUGUCCAGAUCUAAACUCCCGCGUAUAUCGUGCAGCGCCAUGCAAUUCUAAAUCUUUAUGUGAUUCUCAAAACCCCCAGAAUAUGGAAUACGUCCUGUACGACCCGAUCAGACCCCCACUGCAGGCAAAAGAUGAUCAAGAGACAUCAGUUGAUCAAAGUGGUUCUUACAUAGCAACCUCAGCAAAAUCUGCUGGUUCAUUUCUUUUUAUUUCACGAAACGUGGUUCAGUGGAGAUACAAUUUACAAAAACUACAGGAUCUAAGCCAGAUGGAACCUGAUUUGGAAGUGGCAUAUAAAGAAUAUUACCCUUCGCAACAAUUUCAAUCAUGGAAUGACGCCAGCGAACGUAGCAAAGAUAGUUCAGCGGCUUUCUCCAACUGUUUUCCUGGUUUUGUUUCCCGCCAGAGACUAAUAUUGAUUGACGUUCGAGAUAAGGAGAUAAUAGCCACAACGUACAACAUGUCCAGUGAAGUAAACAGUCAGUUUUCACUUCGUCUGACUAAUUUGGUAAACUGGAACAAUGCUCGAUGUCAUCUUGUUUCGUGUUUGUUUCAACAAAAAAUGGGCUUAUUUCAUCACUCAAAUUUUCAAGGCCUCAACGCCAAAAACAAGGAAUUGAAUCCAUUUUGUGACACCAGCAACGAUCAUCAUCUCUUUUCGCUUUUAAAACAGACGGCACCAACUUCUCCUGAUAAAAGUUCUGGUAGUAAAAAACAGAUUCCUUCCGUUGCUAAAUUAUUAUUUGAAGAAACUUUACGAGAUGUCGUUCCUCCCAGACCACUGCAAACUACAAAACACUGUACUUACCGUGAUCCAGUCAAGAGGCAUGGUGCACAAUUUCAGGAAAUAAGAGCUAUACAAAUUCGAAAGGCCGUUCAAAAUGCCGAGCUUCAGAAAUUGUUCGCAUCUUGCUUAUGUCACGAAGGGUUUAACAUCAGCACUGUGGAUAGCAGUAUCAACUUGUUAAAACGACAAAGUCGUCUUGUUCAUUGCUGCAAAACACCUUUCCUGUUUUGUGAUGAAUGGAUAUCUAGUGUUGGGGAGAAACCAAGCUUGGAUCAACAAGGCGUUGGUAAUAGGAACGAGCAAGAACCAAAUGUGGCAGUAAAGGAGGAUAAAUGGCAUUACAAAUUGCGAGAGGAGUUUAUCAAUUUCUACAAACAAUUUUUACAACAGUUUGCACUCGUCCAACUUACUGUUCAGCCAACAAAAGUGUCAAGAAAAUCAACAAAGCCAACUCGUAAAAAGGCAGUGUCGGAACGAGGGAAGCUUGUAAGUGAUAUUGGAGGCGAUACAAAUGAGAAGAAACUGCAUUAUUAUUUGCAAAAAACAAUUGAUGGAAGUAAGGAUACCGAAAAAUAUGCAUACGAUGGUGGAAUUAUGUUGGUUGAGCUGGCAUACGAGGGUUGUCAUUUUUGUGUCAAGUUGUAUGUUUUUGAAUCAAGUCGACUGCUGAGCUCUGAUAAUUUCAACCAACAGGAAAAAGCAAGUUUUCUUGCUGAAUGUUCCAAAGUGCGCGACCUCACUCAUCUAAAUUCCUUCAGUUAUGAUUUCCAUCUCCGUCAUGUCCAGCAUUUUCUGAUGGAAAAACGUCCGAAGGGAUUUCCAAAAGGAUUCAAGUUAACAUCAAUGUUGAGCAAUCUUAUGAACGUCUUCAUCUAUCCUCCCAAAUUCUCCUGGAAUCAUAUUUGCAAAGGUCAACUUUCACUUCCGUUGCCCAAUCUUUCUCGCGAGACUGUCUACAACUACAUAGUUGAACAUUGUUCACGAUAUAACCUAUCUACGGUUGAAAUGAAUUCACAAGACGACAAAGAAGAACACGUUUUAGUCUCUUCAUCUCAAGAUAAAAAACAAGGACAUGUUUUAGCCUUUUCAUCUCAAGAUAAAUAUGAUGUAUCACUCUUGGCCAAGCUUAAUUUAGACGGCGAGGAAGGACAGUUGGGGCUAAAAUUUUACGUCGUUAAGACGAAUCAUCGAGAAAUAUUUCCAAAAAUGAAUCAGGAGUAUUCACGUAGAAAACAAUCAUCUGGUUUUAUUGGCGAUACAGGUAUGCGCUUACGUCAAACAUUAGGUCCUGGCCAAUCAAACAGUCCAGAACGCGAGCCCUCGUUAUGGAGUCAUGGACCAGGGGCUUACAAUGAAAACAUAAAACGGUCUUCAUCCAGUCCACAGUUCAUUACAGCCUUGCCACUUUCUCAAAGUCCUUCAGAAGAGCUGCUGAGACAUUUACCUUCCUCACCUGAAUCACGUGAAACAACGCAUUUGCCGAGUUCCUUGACUUCUCACAACAUUUCAAAUUCUCAAACGAGCCUCUCAAGGGAUAGACCUUACAUCGUGACAGGAUUAGAGCCAGAUCCUUCAGACUCGCUCAUGGCCUGGGAUUUGAGACAUCUUGGUAAAGAUGCUGAUAAAUGUUAUCGUAAACUACACGAGGCAGUGAGCUCUGCUCAGAAAGACUGCUUGAGAGAUCACUUGUGGCAUUUGAUGCUGAAAGGUGCGACUAGUGACGAGAGUGGUAGUGAAAGUCAGGUGUGGAAACCAAAGAGCCGAAGAAAAACUGAAUAUCGUCGAGUUUUCAGUGAUUUCACAGACGCCUGGACAGUACCAUCAUCAUUACAAGCUGUUGAGGACGGCCCGAAUAUGAUGUCCUUCGAAGAUUUUGAACGUUUGUUGGAGUUAGUGAAACCAUCGUCUCUUCCUGUUGUGGAUGAGAUAUUAAAACCAUUUAUCUCUAUGGAUAUUGCUUGGUACUCCAGUCUCUGGUCCACGUUACUAUUGAAAUUUGGAGAUACUUCAAGAGAGUUUUCAAGGAGCGAUACCAAAGUUCACUAUUUAGUUCUUCUCAAUCCAAAAAAUCUUGAUAUGUUCAUACUUAUCACGAUAAAUGAAGAAAAACAUCAUUCGGACGUGAAGAUCGUAAAUCGCAUCAAUGCCGACGAAAAUAAGAAAAGUGAUCGAGUUCUUUUAGCGAAAUCCUCUGAUGACUUCAUAGCAAAAGUUGUCAACGCGCUCUGUUAUCAAAUGUGGACAGGAUUACUCCUUUAGUCGAAUCAAGGCUACGAGAGU